AUGACAGAUAAAAAUAUUAAAACAUUUACCAAUUACUGGGCUACAGAAGGUCAACAAUUGCUGUAUAUAUCAAAAUCUCGAAUCGAAAGUCUUCCACCUUCUUUGAGAAAAAGUUCAAUAACUGAACCACACAUACUAAAAUUAAUGCAAUUUAUGUACUUACCAACUUGGAAAGAUUUAUUAUAUCAAAUAGCUACAAUUCACAUUCGAAGUUUUAAAAUUAGUGCAAUCGUUGUAGACAAUCUUGCAGAUUAUUUUUCCGAUAGGGCAAAACAUACUGAUUAUCAAAGCCAGAUCUCUUAUUUAUGUGCUACUCUUCUUUUUGCUGUUUUAUUAUUGAAAAAUAACAAUGAUUGUGUUGCACUGGUUUGUGGUUACAUCUCUAAAGAAGCAUUGAUUGAACAAAAUAUUGUUAAAAAUUUUUUUCAUAAUAUAUGGAGUGUGCAUACAAAUAAACUUGAUUCUGAGAAAACAUUAUUAAAAAUAAUUAAAUGUUCAAUUCCAAAACGUGAUGAAAUAAGUUCAGUGACCUAUUUAGACAAUAAUGAACAUAUGUUUGAUAAAGAUCGUUCAAAAGUUAAAUUAAAAAUUAUUGAAAUUUUAAAAUCGUAG